UCAAAUCAAAGGUAAACGUCUCUUCCUCUACACUCCUCCUAAAUAAACGGUUCUAGAUCCUUCUCCAUUACACAACCACACUACUCCUGCUUCUUUCUUCCCUUUACUCAUUUUCAACUAUUUUCGUUCGGUGCUCGUUUUGUAACUGCAAAAAGGUGGAAAAAAAUGGCUGAUUGGGGUCCAGUGAUCAUAGCAGUGGUGCUAUUCGUGCUUUUGAGUCCAGGUCUGCUUUUUCAAAUACCGGCGAGAGGAAGAGUAAUCGAGUUUGGAAACAUGCAAACAAGUGGUGCUUCCAUUCUUGUUCAUGCCAUCAUUUACUUUGGACUCAUCACUAUUCUCCUUGUUGCCAUUGGUGUUCACAUCUACACUGGGUAAAUGUAAAAUUUCUGUUUAUACUGGAGGGGAUCUACAAUCUUAGAUCGGUGUAUUUUCUUUUAUUAUUAUUGUUUUUAAGUUUUUAUGUUCUGUUUUAUGUCUAUGUACUUUAUCUGUAGUAUGUGCUUAGUACUUUUAACAAAUCCCCAUUUUCCCCUCCAUAAAUGAAAGAAAGGAUAAGGAUGUGAUUUUGUUUUGUGUUGUGAA